CUAGGAAUAUUGGAUCAACAUUGCUGGAUUGAGCUGUGUGCACCAGUGCUUGGCGUUUGGCUGUGCUCAACGAAGGCCAUAUGCAGCGUCAAUGUCGCACCGGCCAGGCCGGCAAGGUGAGGCUUUUGCCAUUGCUUUGCGUGUUAACCCUGCUUGCGCUUUUUGAGGCGCGCCAGCUGUCGUUUUUGAAUCGAAACAACAAGAAGAAGGUGCUCUUUUCAGCCAGGGGCUAUGAGCUGGUCGCCUUUCCCUCCAAGGGAAAGGUGCCCAUUCCUAGCCUCAAGUUUCGAAAGAUCCCGCUGAAGCCUUUGACGCUGGCAGUGUCCGGUUCUGCGGAAGGCAGCUUUGAGAAGAGCGCGCUGACGGGGUUUCCGUAUUCGACGGACAACGCAGCAGCGCUGCUGCUCGGCUUGCCUCGGCUGGGUGGGCGCUUGACUUUGGGCAUGGAUGCCCCUGCUGUGAAUUCCGAGAGCGAGGACAGCAACCAUGUGGAAGCUGGCUAUGAGCAAAGUCUGCCAGGAGGUGGCUCCGUGGCAGCACGGCUGCGCAGCAAUGGCGAGUGGGGUGCAUCCUUCCGACAUGAGGUGGAAGACGUGGGCAUCGUCAGUGGCGGGUUGAACUCGCAGUUGGAUUGGAAUUUGGACCUGAACACGACCUACGCGCCUGUCCGGGGCUUUACACCCUCAGUAGCUUAUGGAGCCACCCAGGAUGGCAUUCAUUUACGUGGCCGCGUGGACAAAGACUUCUCGCCCCACUGGCACGGCAGCUAUGGCCUGCAGAACAUCCCAGGGAAGUACUCUCCCGUGGAUUUUGUGCACGAUAGCACCAUCAGUUUUACUGCAGGCAGGCAUACCAUUCAGGCAUCAGCUGCUUAUGACAGACAGAUGCUGAAGUCACCUUUGACUGGCACAUUGGCUUAUACCUUGCAGACGAGACCUGUGACAUUGCAAGCGCUGAUGGAUGGGCAGCAGUAUGCCUUGGCAGCGCAUAGCGGCCGCAAAAGCAUAGCUGCGACCCUCGGGCGACCCAACGAGGAAGGGCAGCGCAGUUCUCAAGUUCAACUACAACUGGGACAGGUGGCUGCCACUGUGAAGAUGGAGGGCUCUUCGAAGCCUCGCCUACGCUUGUCAAAGAUCGUUCUGUAAAUUUAGUGUGAUACAUUAUCCUUGUUCGUUGGGUAGUUUUUCAAUUUAGUUUUUGGAGAGUGUUGCUGUAGGGACACCAGCAUCCCGCGCCAGUCCUGCAGCAGUCUUGCGAG